GGUAUAAAACCGCAGCAUACAAUCCCAUUAGAGGAUACAAAGGAGAGAGUCCUUGGGAUCAUAUCUGUGCACUUAGCAGCUGAGCUCUGCUUGAGAGGUGAAUUUGCUACUCGAGUUUAAAGGUUUCGCUGUCAUCCAUGAGUUUAAAAUCCUCCUCUGCUCUCAGAUCUGAGCGCAGCUUUCACCAGAACACCACCUCCUCCUCGUCCUCGUCUUCCAGUCCCGCUUUGGAUCAGUACAUGGAUAAGCCAAUGGGUCUCUUUGGGGACGAGUUUCACGGGAGCUUCCUGAGGCCACGAAAUGAGCAACUCGGAUUUUCAGGGCGUCAUGGAAGCACGGGGAAUGUGAAGUCCCUGGGACACAACUAUCAGUUCACAGUAGAUGUGAAUGACUUCUCACCGGAAGAUAUAAUAGUUACAACUUCCAACAAUCAGAUUGAAGUCCACGCUGAGAAGCUCGCUGCAGACGGAACGAUAAUGAACACGUUCACCCACAAAUGUCAGCUGCCUGACGACGUUGACCCCACCUCUGUGACUUCCGCCCUAGGUGAGGAUGGGACAUUGACCAUCAAAGCAAAGAGGCACCCAGCCAAGCACACUGAGCACGUUCAACAGACUUUCCGAACCGAGAUUAAGAUCUGAGCGUGUGGGGGUGCAGGGGAGAGCUUCAAAGGAGUCGGCCGAUAAUGCCUACGAUAGUGUAGUUGGUAUGAUAGGACAGUGCUAAGAUU